CAAACAUCGAUAUUAACCUGCUAUCUUAUUCUGCUACUGCAAGAGACGAAGAGAGACAGAGAGAUAGAGAGAGAGAGAGAGAGAGAGGUAAGGAGAGGGAGCUUUCAAUUUGAUCUUUUCAUUAAUGGUGGAUGGAUUGGGCUUUUCAUCGGGAAGAAUGGGGAAACUAUACGUAAGCGCAGUUCCCCCUCCCGAUCUGAACAAAAACACGGAGUGGUUCAUGUAUCCAGGUGUUUGGACCACAUACAUCUUGAUCGUCUUCUUCUCUUGGCUUAUGGUGCUUUCUGUCUUCGGAUGUACCCCUGGCAUGGCUUGGACUGUUGUAAAUCUCUGCCACUUCGUCGUUACUUAUCACUUCUUUCACUGGAAGAAGGGAACACCAUUUGCUGAAGAUCAGGGUAUCUAUAAUAGAUUGACUUGGUGGGAGCAGGUAGACAACGGCAAGCAGCUAACUCGUAAUAGGAAAUUUUUGACUGUUGUACCUCUGGUGCUGUUCUUGAUUGCCUCGCACACAACUGACUACCAACACCCAAUGCUCUUCCUCAACACUCUUGCUGUGUUUAUACUGGUGGUUGCCAAAUUCCCAAACAUGCACAAGGUUCGCAUCUUUGGAAUCAAUGCAGACCAGUGAGUUGGUCCAUAUAUGAAUAGGCACUGUGUUUUACUUCUGUAAAAGCCUUUUAUUGUUGAUGGUUUAUAUCCCCUGUACAGGAGUAAGAACUGGAAACGGUACUUCACUGUUCUUUUUCCUCCUUUUUGAUAAGUGAACGUUUUGUUUGGAAUGGAUUGCUUUUACAAAGCUAUCUGUGUCUCUUAGAUAUAAGAAUAACAAGUGUAUUUCAUUUCCACUGUAUAGUUGAAAAAAAGGAGAAUUUAAUCCGAACUUCAAAUUCA